AGUCUGGAGACUUUUGUUUGGCAAUUUAAUUCAAAUGAUCUGGAGAAAUCUAGACCGUAGGUCAAACUGAUUCAAAUUAUCUGGAGAAAUCUAGACCGUAAAUUAAAUUAAAAUGGAUGGAUUUCGCAACUCCACCCUAUCCCUGAACGUUCUGCCUUCUUUUUCUUUGGCCGCAUUUGCAGACCAAAAAUAUCCUUUUCGUCCUUUCCUUCGACGAUCGGACUCUCAUUCGCAAUCUCACUUUUAUCAAUUCUCUGUUAAUGAAAUGCUGUUUGCUUCUUCGUGAUUGAGCAGAAAGAACCAGAAAAAUCCUUAAUUGUUUCAUCUUCUCCUCCUUUCUACAACAGCCGCCUACCUUACAAACGCAACCCUCUCUCUUGUCUUCUUUGGCGCCUCCAAAUAAGAAUUCCCUCAUUAGGUCACCGCAAGUUAUCAUCUCUGGACACUAGCUGUGUUCGUCCUCUGUAGCGAAAUACGACCUCUCCUGAUUUGGCGUUGUACUCAGAUUUCUUUAGCAGAAGACACUCAGAUCAGUUAUAAGCUGGCAAGUUCGAGCUUCAAGUGAAAAACCCAGCAGGUUCACAUUGAUCGGAUUACUGUCUGAUAGAAACAGAGAAAGGAAGUUGUGAUGGCAAAGGAAGGACCCGGCUGGGAAGGAUUGCUUAAGUGGAGUCUUUCUCACUCUGAUGGCACACGCCCUCCUUGCAAUUUGAGUGAUGAAGAUCGGAAAUGGUUCUUGGAAGCCAUGCAAGCACAGAGCGUUGACGUAAUUAAGCGAAUGAAAGAAAUAACUCUUGUUAUGCAGACUCCUGAGAAUGUUCUCGAGGCGCAAGGAGUUACUCCUGAAGAUAUCGAAGGGAUGUUGGAUGAGCUGCAAGAGCAUGUUGAGUCUAUUGACAUGGCUAAUGAUCUUAAUUCAAUUGGUGGCUUGGUCCCCCUUCUUGCUUACUUGAAAAACUCCCAUGCUAAUAUUCGAGCAAAGGCAGCUGAGGUUGUGACCACCAUUGUUCAGAAUAAUCCCCAAAGCCAACAACUUGUGAUGGAAGCUAAUGGCUUGGAAUCCCUUUUGAGUAAUUUUACUUCAGACCCUGAUGUAACGGUUAGAACAAAGGCGCUUGGUGCAAUUUCCUCAUUGAUUAGGCACAAUAAACAAGGAAUAACUGUGUUUCGACUUGCAAAUGGUUAUGCUGGCUUGAGAGAUGCUUUGGGAUCAGAGAGUGUGAAGUUCCAAAGGCUUCUUGAAAAACGGAUUAAGGAUAUCAGCUCGAUGUCAGCCGAAGAUCUAGACGCAGCAAGGGAGGAGAGGCAUCUUGUAGACUCCCUCUGGAGUACCUGCUACAAUGAACCUUCUUCUCUUCGAGCUAAAGGACUUCUUGCUCUUCCCAAUGACGAUGCACCCCCUCUGGAUGUUGUUAGCAAGCAUUUUGAACCUCCUCUCAGAGCAGGGGCGGCAAAUCGUGGUGAUGAUACAAAUCCUAGUUCCAGGAAGCAAACUCCUCUGCUUCUUGGGACUGUUUCUCAACCUGAGCGUACAAAUGAUAAUAGCGGUCAAAGCAUUGGUUAAAAUGUGAUGACCAAACGAAGUCCUGCGGAUGGAUUUCUGGAGAUAGUCUCUUGUGCAUGGUGUAGCUCAUCUUCAAUCAUGGAAGCUUUCUAUUUAAUUGGAUAUUGUUAUUGUUAAUCGUUCCACUAAAUUGUAUGGGAAGCCUCAUGAGAGACCAUAUGGGCCUGGGUUGGGAAAGUUUGUGGUCUCCGAAUUGUAUGCAUGUAACUGGGAUUGAGUUAGAUGUUGCUGAAGGUUUUUUCUUCUUUUCCUUUUUUUUACUUGUCUCCGUUUCUUUUUUCUUAGCUCUUCUUCCCCCUCCCCCCUUUAUGAAAUGAUAAUGCACUACUGUUAUUGUUAAAAUGAUAAUCCACUACUGUUAUUGUUAAUAAA